UUAACGCUGCAUCGUCGUACUUCAAAGAAGACCAGGAGAACUUGAGACAGUCAGUGAAGGCAAUUGCGGUCAGCGUUAGCAACGCAAUCGACAGGGCCGAGAUGGACAGACUGGUUGUGAAGAAGAUCAAUGAGUCUGUGGAAGAACUCGAGGCGCGUUCCCGCCAGCAUUUCUAUCGGUUGAAUGAUCACAUCUUAAAGAGUGAGGCGAACCACGAUAAUUCCAACCAAACCGAAAGCAUCCCUCUUCCUGAACUAAUGGGGGAAGUAAAGGAACUUCAACCAGUGGAACGUGAGUACGAAGAUCUUGUAAACCAACUCCCAAGGGACUGCUCCAGCAUCUCCGGGCCUGCCGGCGUCUACCUCAUCCACCCUGGCCAAGCACCCUUCGACACCUGGUGUGUUAACGGCAGCACCUUGAUCCAACGCCGGUACAACGGUUCCGUGGAGUUCAACCGUAAAUUUGCUGAGUAUGUGCACGGCUUCGGCGACCCGGCUUCGGAGUACUGGUUGGGACUGGAAUCGAUGCACCGGUUAACCGCUGACAACUGCUCUUCCAUGCGAAUUGACAUGAGCGACAUUUACGGUGGAUUUUGGUAUGCCGAGUACGAGCAUUUCUACAUUGGCAGCGCUGAUACUGGAUACACUUUGGAAGUAGGAGGAUUUAAGGGCAAUGCGAGUGAUGCGUUUGAUUAUCAAAACCACAUGGAGUUCUCCGCUAUUGACCGUGACCGUGAUAUCUCAAACACCCACUGCGCCGGAAAUUAUGAAGGCGGCUGGUGGUUCUCCCACUGUCAGCAUGUGAAUAUUAAUGGAAAAUACACAUUAGGACUGACUUGGUUUGAUUCCGUGCGCAACGAGUGGAUUGCCGUAGCGACGAGCGAGAUGCGCAUGUCUCGCCGGCCUGGUUGCUCUUAAAUAGAUCAACCAUAAGUUAGACUUCAUACUCACUUAGUUAAUUGAUAACAAUUCAUAUAAACUAAUAUUCACUUUUAAUUAUGCCAAAGAUAAAAAAUAAGUAUGGGUAUUUUUAUUUCAUUAGAUUGAUUAGUUUCGUAGACAGUAUUAAUUUUUCUGACGUGCGUUUUCUUAUUUCAACCUUUGUUUUAUCGACUUCAGUUUUGAUACUUACUUACAUUCCAUUUUGUAUUUGAUUAGCUUUGGUUUAUAAAAGUGUAGGCGUGUAGAGUUUCAGGUGUGAACUUAUAAUAAAAAUUGUCAGGUGAGCGAUAUUCUUAGAGCGUAGAAAAAUCUGACGCCACAUACGGGUCUUUACUCGGAUGUUAUACAGCUCGACCCGGCAAACUAUUGAGUGCGUCACUUGUCUUAAAUAAGUUACUUCUAGCUUGGAUGCAGACAACUUAUCGCUAAGUUUAUUUAUCUAUAUUUUCUUACUACUUGUUUUAAAGUUUGUAAAUAUAAUUUUAUUAGGCAAGAGAAGCCAUAUUCUGUUCCACAUUAAUGGCAGAUAUAGUCAUGGGAGUUGUAAAUGGUAUCUAAUAUAAGCAAUUAGCUCGUAAGGAUGAUUAAUUGAAAAAGCAUGAAAUGCUUUAAUUUCGAAGGACUUGUUUAAGAACAUAUAACAAGAGGAUCAGGUGGUAAAUAUUUAUUUAUUACAAUAUAAUUUGACGAUGAUUUUAUUACAUUUAUGAGAUUGUUUUACAUUUCUGUUUUUGAUAAAAGACUGUCUGCUGAAAGCGUGUUUUGCUUUCGACAAUUAAUAUCAUUAUUGAUGUAAUUUAUUUAGAUUUGAUUGGUAUUGGCAUUUAUAACGAUAAGCUUACCUAUAAUAAAAUAUGUAAUAGCGUAAUUCAAUAUAAUCCAUAAAAAGUAAUAAUGCAUUUAAUCCAAAUACUCGUAGUAUGUACUCGUAACUCGUGUAUGACGUAACAUGUAGCGUCUUUAUCCAAAUUAUCUCUCUAAUAGUAAUAGUAUGCGCGAACUGCGUAUUUUAAUUCCAUGUACCGAUCAAUAUUAUACCAAAUAAAGUUGAAAAAAAAUAAA